CAAGCAGCGCGCGUGCACCGACACGAGCGAAACAAGCCUGUGUGCAAAAGGCAGAGGUUAACGUUUAUGAAGUUUGGAAAAGAAGGCGAAUGGACGAAUAAAGAGGGAAACUAAGAUACCGAACGGGAACACGGAGCGGCGGCUGCGGCUUCAGGAAUACUUUCAGAGGUGGUGGACAAUUAAACGUGAAAAGAUGACCGCCAACGUCUCAGGCAACCCCUCUCACAGCGAGCCCCUGAAAAAUGGCUGCCAGAAUUUUGGCCCACACAAAAGCACAGGCUGUAGCUGGCUGGUGGUUGUAGCGGCUGUGGCGGCCUCCCUCAGCGGCCUGAUGCUGGGUUAUGAAAUGGGCCUGACCUCUGGAGUUCUGCUGCAGCUGCGUGGCCUCCUCUCCCUCUCUUGCCGAGAACAGGAACUGCUGGUCAGUUCCCACCUGCUCGGCGCCCUCCUCAUCUGUCUGGCUGGAGGUCCCAUUCUGGAUCGUUACGGCCGCCGCUGCUCGCUGCUCCUGAGCGCUGCCAUGGUAGUCGGAGGCAGUGUCGUGCUCGUCGCCAUCACCUCGCUCGUCGCACUCACAGUGGGCCGAGUGAUAGUUGGCAUGGGAACGGCACUGUCAGGAACAGGAGCGUGCCUGUACAUUGCAGAGAUCUCACCUCGGGAAAGGCGGGGUCUGCUGGUGACGCUGUAUGAGCUGAUGGUGGUUUUGGGCGUAAUGCUGGGAUUUAGCUGUAGUUACGCCUUUGCUGCUCUACCUCAUGGCUGGACUUAUACAUUUGCACUUGUAAUUCCCCCAGCACUGCUACAAAUUUGCGCACUUGUGUUUCUCCCACCCAGCCCUCGUUUCCUGGUUGCUCAGGGUAAAGUAGAGAACGCCAGGGUAGUGCUGGCCAAAAUGAGGGGCGAAAUAUUAGAGGAUGUGGAAGUCGAACUCAGAGACAUACAGGCAGGACUUAAAGAAGAGUCAGAGCAUAGCUUUUGGGAGUUAUUCGGUGCCAAGGCCAACCUGCGUUCACGGCUGCUAAUAGGCGUGGCCUUAGUCUUCCUCCAGCAGGCAACUGGUCAGCCCAACAUCCUAUCGUAUGCUUCACCACUUCUCCGCAGCGUCGGUUUCAACAGUGAUGCUGCAGCAACCUUGGCCUCCACAGGCUUUGGAGUGGUUAAAGUAGUCGGGACUAUCCCAGCCGUGUUGCUGGUCGACCGUGUGGGACCUAAAAGUUUCUUAUGUGUCGGGGCUGUUGCUAUGGGUUUAUCACUCGCCACUCUUGGGACACUGACACUGCAAAGCCACACUCAUCUCACCAGUCUGUGUACAAGCCAGACUGUAAACAACCACACACACAUGCUGUGGGACUCAAACAGAACUUCUGUGGAAUUAGACAACAGUGUGUUUUUUUCCACUCACCUUCCCAGCCAAUGGAGUGGUGAGGAUCAGAGGACUAACACAGAGGAUGAUGAAAUGAAGGUAUCAGAUAAAGGAAGGACUGUUACAGAUGUGUCAUCCUCACUGAAAUGGGCGUCACUCAUCAGCUUACUGGUGUAUGUGGCAGCUUUCUCUAUCAGCCUCGGGCCAAUGGUCUAUGUGGUUCUUAGUGAGAUCUUUCCAAUGGGAGUGAGAGGCAGAGCUGUGUCGGUGGUUUCUGCUGUAAACUGGGCGACUAACCUGCUUAUCUCAUUGACCUUCCUUACCAUUACAGAACGGAUUGGAGUUCCCAACGUUAUGUUCCUUUACGCUGCCAUGAGCUUUGUUCUCCUGGUGUUUGUCAUCCUGUGUGUACCCGAGACCAAAGGACGCACUCUGGAAGAGAUAUCUAAAGAACUGGCUAAGAAGAAGAGUUUUGAAGUGAGGAUCUGUAAACAGGGACGGCCUCAGCAGAGCCUCAUCAGCAGCAUCCCGACCACAGAGGAACCAGGACACAUGUCGGCCUGAACAGCCCACGGCACACUGUGGGGUCAAGAACGAGGAUCAAGAAGCACACGGCAGUAGCACAGUUAAGAAUGUGCCAAGGAUAGCUCAGGGUUCACUCUUUACUUGCUGCAAAACAGUCACAAUAAGCAAACAAUUAGGCCUGAUGAAGGACCUGAUGCAUAUAUUCCUAAAAUUAGUAUAUUUUUGUGUUGCCUAUUUAAUAACACUGCUCAUAAUGCAGAAAAGGGAAAUGUUCCCUUGGCUCCAGGAUUAAAAUGGACCUCUUCAAUCAGUAAAAUGAUAGAGAACACAUCAGUUACUGUAUUAUGAAAAUCAAACACUAACCAUGUUAAAUGGCUCUGGAUGACAUUAUUAAUUCCAUUAUAAUUUGAAAUAUUUAUCUGGUCACCUGCCCCAAGAUAUUUCAGAUAAAACUGACAUUUCUCAAACCAGUCAGACCAGCUAUGUUAAAGAAAUUGUGAUUUUCUGAACAAACAAAUCAGCAUGUUGAUGAUCAACAUGCUCAGCUCCACCGUAUCCUCAACAAUUGAUCAAGGAAAAAUACUACACUCCGAAGGUGGAGUAGUAAUAUUUAAAUGAUAAUAGUGGUUGUAAUGUAUGAAGGUUUGUGGAAAGGUAUAAACCUUUUUUUUUUCUUUUUUAUAAGUUGUGUCAUCGAUGACAAAAUCAUCUGUUGAUUAACUAGUGGGAAGUUUUAUUGCAAGAAAGGAUAAGUGGUGUGAAUCUGUCCAUAACUAAAAUUGCACAUUUUUAAAAAUAAAAUAAAAUCAGUUUGUUGUUGGUGAAUUGUAUUUUUCAUGGUGAAAGAUGCUCCAGUACGCCUAUAUGAAGGCCAAACAUAUUUAAUAAAAAUGCAAAGUGCAAUACAUACACGGUAGCAUGUUUAACCUUUAUUUUUAUACAAAAUACAAAAUACUGAACAAGUGUCCCAAAUGUUGAGUUGACACUGGUUCGAAAAUCACUCCGUAUCACAUACAACGUCAAACAUUUAGUCAACAUCUUCACCACCAGUUGCAUUUAAAUAUACACAUACAUACAUAGGCUGUCUCUAUAGAUGUAUGACCCAGUGUGCAAUCUGCAGUCUUGUUACCACAAGGAUACAACACUUAACCACUAACCAUUGCUUUUUGCUGUUUUGAGAGAAUGGGAUUUUAUGAAGGGUUUCAUUUUCAGACAACACAGGCUGUGGACCGUGACCACCUCGAACACUUGUAAUGCUGCUUCAAGGAUUCACAAAACUUAAAAAGAAAAAGCCUUAAGUCUUCUGGUUUACUAGUGACUCCUUUUGUGAUUCUGAUCUGCUUCACUAUCUGUUCUCUCGAGGGGUUGUUUCUAGUUGCUGAAUAUCCGGCAAUUUUAAACAUUCGGAUUCUGGCUGUUUUACAAAUCAUUAUUCCUCUGCGCAGUAAAAACUCUGUUAAAAUGUAAUGGUCUUACCAUGUCCCAGUAGCAAUUGCUGUUGUUUUUAAGAGUUGUAGCCAGAAAAAGAAAUAACAGCAAAUUAACUAUUACAGGGAACUCACAUGUUCAAAAGGACAAUACAUUAAAACCACACUAGGGAACAUGGUCAGCCAUAGCUGUGCAGAAUAAUAAUAAACGGGCAAACAAAGUUGAAGUUAUCCUAAGUAGAAUGCUGUUUGUGUUUGAGCAAAAGUUAGGGGCCACUUAAGAGUGGAUUUUUUUUUUUUCCACUCAAGCACCUUUAUAGAGAAGCAACGGACGGAGAUUUGAUUAAGAAACCUGGCAUAAGAAAAAAUAGUGGACACUAUCAGGCUCCUUUUACACCUGAUCUCUAUGUUUUCUAGGACAUCUGGUUAUUUACAUUGCACCCAUGGGCUUUAUUUUUUUACUUGAUAAUAACGUGUAUUCUUGAUGGAUCUUCUGAAAUGUGUGAUUUGAUCCCAGCAGGAGGAGGUGCACUGAGGUGGCUGAGAUCCAAUCACAGGCCGCGUUUAAACGACAGAUGUAAAUGGGGUGUUGGUGUUAAAAUCUCGACUCUUCGCAAUAGUUACAGCUGUUCUCGUUUUAAAAAUGUUACAAACUUGUCUUUCAGUAUCCAUGCAAAACCACCCAGAGAAAAUCACAAAAGCGAGAGCAAACAGCUCCCCCGUCAGUGCUAGUCAUGUUCGAUUAACCAUUUCAAUGGAGGAAAUAACAUUUGGAAGACAUUUGCAGGUUUAGGCUGUUAAAAUCAAAAGAGUUACACUGUAAAAUGACUGUAGUGACAAUUCGUGAGUAUGAAAACU